CAGCCAAUUACCCUACCAGCAUGUCUUUGGUCACGUCUCCUGUACUAUGUUCGCAAUCUCUGAUCAUCUCCUGUACUAUGUCCGCAGUCUCUGGUCAUCUCCUGUACUAUGUUCGCAGUCUCUGGUCAUCUGUACUAUGUCCGCAUUCUCUGGUCAUCUCCUGUAGUACGUCCGCAGUCUCUGGUCAUCUCCUGUACUAUGUCCGCAGUCUCUGGUCAUCUCCUGUACUAUGUCCGCAGUCUCUGGUCAUCUCCUGUACUAUGUUCGCAGUCUCUGGUCAUCUCCUGUACUAUGUCCGCAUUCUCUGGUCAUCUCCUGUAGUACGUCCGCAGUCUCUGGUCAUCUCCUGUACUAUGUCCGCAGUCUCUGGUCAUCUCCUGUAGUACGUCCGCAGUCUCUGGUCAUCUUCUGUAGUAUGUCCGCAGUCUCUGGUCAUCUCCUGUAGUAUGUCCGCAGUCUUUGGUCAUCUCCUGUAGUAUGUCCGCAGUCUCUGGUCAUCUCCUGUACUAUGUCUGCAGUCUCUGGUCAUCUCCUUGUAAUAUGUCUGCAGCCUCUGGUCAUCUCCUGUAGUACAUCCGCAGUCUCUGGUCAUCUCCUGUACUAUAUCCGCAGUCUUUGGUCAUCUCCUG